AGUACAGUUCGGUACCCACCUACGUUUUCGCAACACAUGUGCUUAAAAAAUAUUUAAUCGUUCCAGCUUUAUGAGUUAUCUUUUCCGACGUAUCGAAAGCACACACACAUAUCGUGAAAAUCUUCCGCUGCGCGUUUGCUGGAGGCGUCCUUAUGCGGUGCCAAAAUCAAUAUUUCCUCCACGAACUCUGUGUCGAUGCAAACACGUACGGUGUGUGCUCUUUUUGAUACGUCUGACGUGUUUUUUACAUUGGUAAAAGCAGUGCUAAAAGACUCAGUGGGGUUCCAGUGCAAAUUAUGGCCGAUUUGUACACCAAUAAUUUGAGCAAGCCCAAGUGUUCUAUGACUUUUUAUUCGGAUUUUGGAGAUGGGGAGACUGAGACUGACAUUCUUCAACAAAGACAAGGCAAUGAAAGCCCGUCAUUUUUGGGCAACUCGCAAUUCAGCGGAAACCAGCAAGAACUCCCCAAUGAACUUUCGGCCCCAUAUGAAGUCCCUCAGUUCCCGAUCGAGCAAAUCGAGAAGAAAUUGGCCAUCCAGAGGCAGCUGAAUGUGAAAGUCUUGAGUGAUAGACGCAGUCAUUACGAGCCUUCGGUUCCCGGAGAAGAGCAAUGUUAUCCAACUUUGGACGAACACGAUUUGUACGUCCCGCACUUCCAGAGGGUGUCCAUUUCGGGGGAGGACACGAGCGGGGUUCCGUUGGAGGACUUGGAGAGGGCUUCCCGUCUGAUCGUCCAGGCGCUGCAGAUCCGGAAACGCUACAUGAAGCUCUCGCACCAGAGCUUCUCGGCGACUGCGGCCCGGUUUCUGGAUCCGCACAACAAGCAGCAGCAACAGCAGCACGACGAAAAACAGACGAUAGAAGCCGAAAGUGCUGCUUCUUCGACAGCAACAACGUCAAGAUCUUCAGCUGAUUUGUGUAUGACUGAGUCGAUGAGCGACGCUGUUCUCGAUUGUAUUUUAAAUGAUGGGGUGCAGCAAGAACACGGCAUUCACCCUCCAACCCACCACCCGUGGGAGCCCCGCAACAUCCCCGACACUAGUCACGUCUUCAAGUCGAAAAACGGAGUUUACGAAGUUUAUCUCAACGAAGAGGAUCUGAAAAAUGAAAAGACUUGCGAUUAUCCAUAUCCGGAUAUUGAAACUUUUUCCGCUGACAUGACUACGAUGUGUAACAUGAUCGCAGAUGGACCAUUAAAAUCGUUUUGUUAUCGCCGUUUGAGCUACUUAUCUUCCAAAUUCCAAUUGCACGUACUUUUGAACGAAUUGAGAGAGUUAGCUUCGCAGAAGGCGGUCCCGCAUAGAGAUUUUUACAAUAUUAGGAAAGUCGAUACUCACAUUCAUGCCGCCUCCUGCAUGAACCAAAAACAUUUGCUACGUUUUAUUAAAAAGACGUUGAAAAAUCACGCCGAUGAGAUUGUGACGGUCACUAAUGGCAAAUCGAUGACUUUGAAGGAAGUGUUUCAGGUAUUUAUUAAAAAUUCCAUGAAUUUGACCACUUACGAUUUGACUGUGGACAUGCUUGACGUCCAUGCAGAUCGUAAUACUUUCCACCGAUUCGAUAAAUUCAAUGCAAAAUAUAACCCGAUUGGUGAAAGCAGACUCAGAGAAGUGUUUCUGAAAACUGAUAAUUAUCUGAACGGGAAAUAUUACGCGAGGAUUAUUAAAGAAGUCUGCAGCGAUUUGGAGGAAUCGAAAUAUCAGAAUGCCGAGCUCCGUUUGAGCAUUUACGGCAAAAGCAGGGACGAGUGGGACAAAUUGGCCAAAUGGGCCAUUGGUUCCAAUGUCUACUCAGACAACGUUCGCUGGCUAAUCCAAGUUCCUCGGCUUUUCGACAUCUUCAAGCUAAACAAACUCCUCCAAAACUUCCAACAAGUCAUCGACAAUAUUUUCCUGCCUCUGCUCGAGGUGACAGCGCGACCGAGCUCCCACCCGGAACUGCACCGCUUCCUGGAGUAUGUCAUCGGCUUUGACUCCGUGGACGACGAAAGCAAGCCCGAGAAAAACCCGCUUUUCGACAAAGACCUCCCGAAACCGGAAAACUGGAACGACGACGAAAACCCGAACUACGCCUACUACCAAUACUACAUGUACGCCAACAUGGCCGUACUCAACCACUUCCGGGCCGAGAAGGGCCUCCCGACGUUCGUCCUGCGCCCGCAUUGCGGCGAAGCCGGCCCUGUGCAGCACCUCGUGUGCGGCUACAUGCUGUCCGAGAACAUUUCGCACGGCUUGUUGCUGCGCAAAGUCCCGGUUUUGCAGUACUUGUACUACUUGGCCCAGAUCGGGAUUGCGAUGAGUCCGCUGUCCAAUAACAGCCUGUUUUUGAACUACCACCGGAACCCGCUCCCGGAGUACCUGUCGCGGGGGCUGGUCGUGUCGCUGUCCACGGACGACCCGCUGCAGUUCCACUUCACCAAGGAGCCCCUGAUGGAGGAGUACAGCAUUGCGGCCCAAGUGUGGAAGCUGUCCAGUUGCGACAUGUGCGAGCUGGCGCGCAACAGCGUGCUCAUGUCCGGGUUCCCGCACAAGAUCAAGCAGUACUGGCUGGGGCCCAACUACACCAAGGAGGGCGUGGCUGGGAACGACAUCGCCAGGACCAACGUGCCGGACAUAAGGGUGGCAUUUAGGUACGAAACCCUGAUUGACGAACUGUCGAAUAUUUUCAAAGCUCAGCCGGAACCAAAUUCGGCUUGAACGAGGUGUUGGCGUUUUCGGUUAAGUUUACAAAUUUUAUAAAUUAUUUUUUAUAUGUAUAGGCAGGUUUCAUUUAAGCAAAUAUAUUUUCGUGUAAGUGGUAAGUGAAAUAAUUCAAUUCGAGUUGUGAUGAGAUACGCCUUACGACUAGAACAGUUUCUUAUAUUUUUAUAAAGAGUUUAACAAGUGAUUGUUUUUGCUGACGCUAGUCGAUGUUUGAUCAUUGUUAAGUCUCGCCGAAAUUUUAUUUCCGGUCCUCGGAGCGCGUGACGAAGUCUUCGGUAUUCUUAAGUGUUAGAUUAAUGUUGGAACUUGUUAUUUUAAGUUUUUAUUAAUCGUAAUUAUGAAAUUUCUAACUUAAUUGCACUUCGUAAAAUUUUGCAUUUGGCUCUUUAAUCGUAUAUCUUUAGCCAUCCGUUAUUGACUGACUUAGAGAUUAUUAAAUAAAAAGCCAAAUAAUUGAAAAAUAUAAUAAAAAAAUGACCAAUAACUAGAAUUUGUGCCCUGUUGUUAAAUAUAUAGCCGAUUAUAUUGUACGUACUCUGAAAUGAGAAUAAAGUUAUCAAAGCAU